AGACAGUGUUGACAUUUUCAGAGACCCGUUCUGCUGUUGAGAAGUUUCUGUUCAAAGCUGAGAAGCUAAGCCACUUGCCAAAAUGUGUAAAGGACUUGCAGCUCUGCCCCACUCAUGCCUGGAAAGGGCCAAGGAGAUUAAGAUCAAGUUGGGAAUUCUCCUCCAGAAGCCAGACACGGCUGCUGACCUUGUCAUUCCAUAUAAUGAGAAGCCGGAGAAGCCAGCCAAGACCCAGAAGCCCUCGCUGGAUGAGGCGCUGCAGUGGCGCGAUUCCCUGGACAAGGUCCUGCAGAACAACUAUGGACUUACCAGUUUCAAAAGUUUCCUGAAGUCUGAAUUCAGUGAGGAAAACCUUGAGUUCUGGAUCGCCUGUGAGGAUUACAAGAAGAUCAAGUCCCCUCUCAAAAUGGCUGAGAAGGCAAAGCAAAUUUAUGAAGAAUUCAUCCAGACAGAGGCUCCUAAAGAGGUGAAUAUUGACCAUUUCACUAAGGACAUCACUAUGAAGAACCUUGUGGAACCUUCCCUGAGCAGCUUUGACGUGGCCCAGAAAAGAAUUCAUGCCCUGAUGGAGAAGGAUUCGCUGCCCCGCUUUGUGCGCUCUGAGUUUUAUCAGGAGUUAAUCAAGUAGUCAUUGGUCAGGCUGUAAACACUGUCUGGGGAGUUACAUCCUUAUAGCAACACUGCAUUUUCCAGUCACCUUCACCUCUUCCCAUAGCAGCUUUGCUCAAAGAUAUCCAAACAGGGAAAAUCCCAGGGUAUUGCUUAGUCUUUUGCGCGUGCUGGUUUGGAUUUGUGGAUCUAUCCAAGGGCCUUCCUUUCCAUUUCUUCUUCCUACUGGCCUUGUAAAGAAGGUCUACCCAGUUUCCAUCAGCUUAAGUUACAGAAAAAUCCUGACUUCAACAAAGCUAUCUGUGACAAGAACAGAUUGCUACCUAAAGGAGGCUGAAAAGGAAUAUAUAUGUAAAAGACCUCCUUUUAAGGGACUUUAAUUGAUGUAGUUGAUAGUUUAAUUCUCAUCCAGAGCAGUAAUGUCUUUAGUGAUUUCUGAAUUUGGUUAGUAAAAAGUGGUAAGGGAUUUAGAAACAAAAGUAAAUUGUUUAAUUUUUGAUCUCUCUCUGAGAGCACCUUAUGUCGGCUGGAUAUUAUUUAGAUGCAAUAAUGAAUAUAUUAUGCUUAUAAACCAAUCUGAACAUAAUUCAUUUUAAUUCUGCCCAUAUAUUUCCAUCACUAUAUACCCACCCCAUGAUUCACCAAAUACUGCUUUAAUUCAAUCACCUAAGGUAAAUAAUAGACUAUUUUAUAAAUCAGUGUCUAUGCUUAUAAAAUGUGGGCAAGGUUUUAAAUUUUCAAAUAACUUGAAAUCAUUGUGAAUAUAAAAUGAACUUCAAACUUUCUAACACUAGUAACAUAAACUAAAACCAUUGUCAUCCAAUGGAGUCAGUUCCCAUUUCAGCAUCAAGAGACCAACAUGGUAAAAAGGGAAACUAUUGUCAAAACUAAUUAUGGUUAAUUAUCCAGUAAUGCCAUCUAUUUGUUUAGGAAGUGAUGAUUAUUUUCAAAACAGCAAAUCAUCUUUGGAAAAAUUAACAUGAUUACAUGUGGAAGCUUUCUAAGUGAGAGUUUUAGAAUAUCUUGUGUUUUGUAAAAUAAUGUGAUCUUUUAGCAACACCAGUCAGGCUUCCCUCGCUAUUUUGCUUCCUGUGUUAGCAAGUCAUAAUUACAUUCAUAAGUUCAGUUUCAUGCACCUGACACACCACAUAAUAGACCAUUGUAGUAAGUUUAAGGUUUGAACUUUAUAUUUCAUUAUGAUAUGUCUUGCUUAAAUAUUUUUCUUAGUAGAUUCGACUGUCAUGGUACGUAUAAUUUAGUAAAUCGAUAAAAUCAAAUUGAACCAUGUAUGCAGGUAAUCUAGGUGAGGAUAUGGAUUUGAUUCAUAAGAAAGAAGGCAUGGUUUCUAGUGGCUCAAUAAAAUGCUGAAACGUUUUAAGUAGAUGACACCGUUGAGUCUUGCAUUUCUCCUUUUGUUUCCUUUUUUCAUUCACACAGGCCAAGCUUUCCCACAUGUGGCUCAUUCAUUCGGCUAUUUCCUAGGGAUAUUGAGAGUGAAGCAGCUGUAUUAGUUUAUUCUUCAAGUAAACACUGAGCCUGCAUUGGCUUUUCUGUAUUUUUGUGAUUUUGAAGGGUAAUCUGUCUGAACACUUUUGACAUUUCAUUCUGAAAAUGAGUCGGAGCCGCUGGGUCUGCUGCCAACAGUUCCAAGUGGUAGGGAUUCAUUCAUAUUUGCCAAGAAUGCUCACUGUAGAGAAACUCCUUCACUGGUCAGGCUACGUGGGAACAACAGUGCAAGAAUGAAGUUAUCGGAUGGGUUUGGUUUGUGAGCACUCUGGAAUUCUGGCAGUCCUCCUUAGCAUCCCUCCCCUCUACUGAAUCAGUAGGGCAAAAGUCAGCCCUUGAUGUGAUCCAGCAGCUAGAAAAGUGAGGAUCCUGAGGAUCUAGUUGAACUGUUUCUUGAAUGAAAGCGUGUUUAAAAAAACAAUUUUAAUUUAAAAUGUAAAUAUUUUAUUCACAUUAGUUAAAACAUCCAAAUGUUUGAAAAUGUCCAGAGAAUUUACUAGAUGGUACAGAUCUCACCCUCACCAAGAUGGCUGCUGUUGAAGACCCCAUUGACUACGUUUGCAAACCAACUGCACACCAGUGUGAGUGGUUAGACUGGUCAGUGAAGGCUGAGAAGGGUGGGAAGGGUGGGAAGUGCUUCAAGGGCUGCUCUGCGAAGCUAGUAAAGAAUGCUUAAAGCCAUGUGUCUGCAGUCAGAUGGUGGCAUUAUAUACCUACAUAGCUAUUCAUAUCUCUAUAUGAUUUUAAAUUUAAGCAGACUAUACACAUAUAUUCUUCUAACAUAUAAAAUAAUAAACGGAAUAGAAAUAUAUGAGCAACAGAUGUAUUAAAAUUAGCUUAGGAACUUUUUUGGAAAGCUUUUUGAACCUUAUAAAAGAAAGGAAAUAAAAACCCAUGUUGGUAGUAAUUUCCAUGGUAACGCAAAGAAAAUAAGUUCUUUUAAAUCUGAGAAAUCAUAAAAAGUGGGAUGACCUCUCCAGGAGAAGAAUGUGUAACAUCUAUUUAGCAUGCCUUCUCCUUCCUGCCCCUCCUAGCCAGUUCCCUUGAGUAAAUUGCUUGGGAAAGUAUGAAGUUAUUGCAAGAACCUGGAGGUUCUUGCUUUUCCUCUCUUGGAAAACAGAGCUACAGUUGUAAACGGGUCUGGGAUGUAGGACAGUGUUGGAACUAAAUUGUGGUCAAUGGGUAGAAAUAUUUUCUAGGUACUGGCCCAUAACCUGGGUUUAUGCUCCAGUUUGAUAUAGUUUGGAGUGAGGGUCAAAUGAAAAUUUAAAUCAGAUCAGCACAAAGAGACACCACCAGUUCUAGUAAAUUGGGAGGUUGUGUCUCAUGUAUCUGUUAAAGCAGUGGUUGUUCAUGUGAACACUUACACACACACACACACACACACGCACACACACAUUGAAGUGCCAAGUAAAUUUCAGUUCCAAAUUGCAUGAGAACUUAAUAGAAAGAAGUUUUUCUUUUCAUCCCAUUUAAAGCUGUCGACUUCACUUGCUUGGUAUGUUAUUUGUAGAUAAUCCAUUUCAAUUGGAUGAACUUGAUUAUUUCCUGAAGAAUAGAAGAUAUCCAUUAACAAAUCAAUGGAUAAACUAAUAAGCAUUCCCUUCUAGGGAUUUGCCAACUGUGCCAUCAUACAUCUGAUGGUUUGAGUUUCAUUUAAAAGGCUAGUUAAUUUGGGGAAAAUGACUUUUGUUCCUGAAACUAUACCCUCUAGCAAGCCAUUUCCUCUGCUUCCUGGGAAUGUAGCAGAUUUGGAAGAAAAUGGGUCAUGAGAAGGGGCAAAAAACAGAGAAGGGAUUAAGAAAGGAAGUCAGGGCCCAGUCCUAUGAAAUUCACCCUGUGGCUAGGAGCCACUUAGGAGCAGCCCAGCUUGAUGGAAGAACAAACUGUCUUGCUGUCAUCUUGGGGACUUGUGGGAGGCAUUUCGUGACUCACAUUGAGGCUAGGUAAAGCAGUUCAUUUUAACAUCCUAGAGAACCUUGAGCAGGGAAAAGAGCAAACAUGGAGAGCCUCUUUCUCAUGUAAUGUGUAAGUGCCAGAAAGGAAAGAAUGCGAAACUCAGUUUUGAACAUCUGAGCAUCCAAACCCUAGGGCCAGGCAACUCUAUGCAGGUUUGGGAUUAAAGCCUCAGUGUGUCUUGGUAUCAUGUUCUGGCUGCAUUAUUGGGCCUCAGUGUGUCUUGGUAUCAUGUCCUGGCUGCAUUAUUGGGCCUCAGUGUGUCUUGGUAUCAUGUUCUGGCUGCAUUUUUGGGCCUCUCCAGUGUUGGGUCUCUUCAUUAUGCAUGCAUUCAGCAUUCACUUAGCCUUCUCUUGGGGUAAGGCUCUAUGGUCAACACUUUAAAAGCUACUUCUUGUGUUAAACACACUUUUCCCCAAAUAGAUGGCUAAUGAGAGCAGUUGGUAACCAAAGAAAGGCUUUCCUCAGUCUUAGUCAAACAUCCUGGAACUGAAAAGGUCAACUCUCUCCCUUGAGGAGACAUCCGGGACUCUGAACAGAAGCCAGCUCAUAGUAGAGACUGAUGAAUACAACACAACAGAAUCUUUGGAGUUGGUCCUCAGUUCACAGUUCAUCACUAUACAAUUUUUCUAGUAGAAAAGCUAUGUAAUCAUCAUAUCCAGGUUAACUCGCGUCUUAUAAUUUGCUCAUUCCCUCACGUCACGUGUUUUCCCUCCCCAUCAUCCCACAUAUCCCCCUCCCCCUUCUCCCUCUGAAACAGUCGUGCCUCAUCAUACUUAGGUAAUAAUGAAUAUAGUAAGAACACUUAGGUGCCUGUCUAGGAAGAGGUACAAGCAAAAGUAUAGACGAAGGGAAAUGCUGAGACAUUUACCACUGGCAGCAAGAUCUGAAUAAGGUUUGCAAACAUUCUUUUUAUGUCGUGAAGUAACCGGGGUUUGAGGGGACUAUGGACAACUUGGAGAUCAUUUUCAUAAGACAUAUCCAGUAACAUGGAGUAGAAAUGAAACGUUUAUCAAAUCACGUGUUAGCACUUUUCCCGAAAGUUUUUAAUUCCAGACCAAAUGUGUUUGUUUCCUGAUUAUUGUAUUCAAUACUUAAUGUACUCUGUGACUCACUCUUCCUGAUAAUAAAGUAACAAAUGCUUAUCUA